CAAACAAACUCCAUUUCAUGGAGCGGCCACGUCAUCCGCACGAAGAGCACUAGUGAGAGAUUGGCGGGCACUCGGUGCAUUCGAAAGGAUUGGGCGACGUGCACUCAUCGCCACCACCCCGUCAAAUAUGUGACCUGUACGAUAAAAGGCUGCAAGGAAGCAAAGGCCGAAUCGUACACAUGGCCAAUCAGAAGGGAGGUCCAUGUCGUACAAUCCGUCGCCCGCAUCGACCCCUCCAUUCCGCAGCGUGAUAUCAGACAGGUCGCGUUCCUCGCUGCUUGCCUCUUCACCUGAAAAGAAUGCCCGUCCUCUCUUCAAACGAUGCCUUUGGGCACCAUCUCCCACCUUUCUCAGAGGCUUCGUCCACUUUUUCUCGGCUACACAUCUUCUGUCCCCGCCUCAUCUCAGCAAUCCAUCCGCCAUGGCUACGUGCGAGCCAUCCACUUCCAAACAGCGCACGGCUCGGUCCAUGUCAGUCAAAGCCGACCCGACCAAGGUCUCCCUGCUGGAUCUGCACGGCGAGAUUCGCAACCGAAUCUACGGCGAACUCCUCCCCAGCACCGCGGAUUUCCAUGUUCGCCAACAUCUUCUCGCGAGUACUACGCUACGAGGGCAGGGGCCGAUAAGUGAUACCGUCGAAUUCCUGCGGACUGCACACGCCUUCCGCCCGAGUUCCCAGGACAAGCCUGGAUCCUCGACAGCGUUCAUGGCGUCGUGCCGUCAAAUCCACGAGGAGGCCGCGAGCCUGCUCUAUGCAAAGAAGGAAUUCGUCAUCAACGUGAAUAAGAAUGGCGUGCUUGGCUGGAAGGAGCCCAUCGCGGCGGGGCACAAACUGUUGACCCGCAAUCUUUCCGCUCUGAACCAAGCCAGCAUCUUGACGGUCGAGGUCGGAGUGGCGCUUGAUGAGCCGUACGGAGUCUGUCACGUCCAACACGCGCUCUUCGAACUUUUGGCCCAUUUUCGCCCCGGCCACAUGUUGCAGAGGCUCAAUUUUGAAAUCAACACCCGCCUAAUUCAAGGCAUGGGCCAUCGGCCAGAAAAGUACGUCGUGAAAGAAUGCGAUGGACACCUCGUGAGGAGGUUCAUCAGGGAGUAUGGCAUGGACCUUGAAAGCCUGCAAAAGGAAGACGAAGAAGAGGCCGGGGAGGAUGCGAGGAUGUACAGCAGCAAAGAGCUCGACAGAAUCUCGCCCGGCGAUGUGUCGGAGCAUCACCUUGUCGCCUUCCUCACGGAACCAUUGCGCACCAUCCGGAACCUGGGCGAUGCGAUCGACAAGGGCGUCCUCCGCGUGGAAUUCAACGGAUACACCAGAAGGCCGCUCGGAGAGAUUCCCGCUCAAGUCAGUGAUCUGAUGCAAAGCGAUGCCCCGGUGCUCCACUAUCACAUCUUCCGUUCCUACUACGCACAAUUGAGUUACCUCAUCCGAUUCGGACAGUGUAUGCUGGAUCGGUUCGCUCAAGAAACCAUGGGCGCACUCGACAAGCUCGCCGCUCAGCGCAUCCGAGGAGACGUGCCCGCUUUCCGACUCGCCCACCGCGCUUUACUCGACCACGUCGCGAAGAUGCUGCCGAGCGCAUGUGGCCCCCUCGACAGGUCAAAUGAGUAUUUCACGCGGGUCUGCCGCAAUGCCGUGUAUAAGCAGCGAAGCGAUGUCGAAUGGAUGGAGUUCUUCGAGCAGGGUGAACGCGAAAUGGAAUUCUGCAUGCUGGAGCUCGAGCGAUGCCUUCCACCCGAGGAUACCGAUGUGUCAUUCUUUGGAUGCCGUCAAGUUGACGACAAGAUCCGCGAACAUCAUCUCCACAAGAAGGCCAAGAUUCGCAAGGCGGCGCUUGAGCUGCUUGAGCAACAGCAGGGUCGGGCUGGAAGCUCGAGGCGCAUGAGUGUGUAAGAGGAGGAGUCGCCCAGCAACAGGGGGUGAAGAUGGAGACGCAGACGGACGAUCGAGGGGUUGUCGGGGGUGGUCUUCCGCUUCGGAGAGAUAUGUGGCAGCCAUGCAGCGCAGAGGGGAU